AAUUUACGUCUUUCUUGGAGUCGGGAUAGUGGCUUCUUGUAAUACGAAUUUCCGUCUUUCUUUUCUCAUAUUUUCACCUUAAAGUUCCACAGCUGGUCCUCGAUGAGUGACACUGAGGAGUUGCCAUUCCUGGAUCCUGCACCACAGAAACCAGUAGUGAAUGUGAAGAAAAUGGAGAAUUUGAAGAAAAAGAAAGAGAAGAAGGAGAAGCAGAAGCAAAAGCUCACAGAAAAGCAGAAACACACAGAGAAGACAGAUGUCAAGGAUCCAGUCUUGCUGAGGCAGUGCCUGGGACCUGGCUGUGUGUAUCCCACCCGGCCAGGCUCCAAGUACUGCUCAGACGACUGUGGCAUGAAACUGGCAGCUGACCGCAUCUAUGAGAUUCUGCCCCAGCGCAUCCAGCAGUGGCAAAAGAGCCCCUGCAUUGCUGAGGAGCAUGGCAAGAAAAUGCUUGAGCGCAUCCACCGCGAACAGCAGGAUGCUCACAGCCGCCUGAAGGACAUGGAGAACCAUUUCCAUGAACUGGAGGCCAUAAUUCAGCGUGGCAAGCAGCAGGCUGUGUGCAAGGAUGAGGAGACUAACCAAAGUAGCAAGAACAGCCUAAAUCUGCAGAUCUUCUGUGUCUCCUGUGGGCAGUCAGUCAGCAUGCAUGUCGCCAUGCGCCACAUGGAACGCUGUUUUGCCAAGUAUGAGUGCAAGUCGUCCUUUGGGUCCAUGUACCCUACUUGCAUUGAAGGGGCCACAAGGCUUUUCUGUGAUGUUUACGACCCAAAGAGUAAGAAGUACUGUAAACGGCUCCAGGUGCUGUGCCCUGAGCACUCGAGAGAUAACAAGGUGGCUAAGGUAUCAGAUGAUGAGGUGUGCGGUUGCCCACUAGUGCACAAUGUGUUUGAGGUCACUGGCAAUUUCUGUUGCCUCCCCAAACGCCUGUGCAACCUCCACUACUGCUGGGAGAAGCUGAGGCGUGCUGAGGUGGACCUAGAGCGCAUUCGUGCGUUGCACAAGCUGGAAGAGCUGGUUGAGCAGGAGCACAAGGUGCGCACAGCUAUGAGGAACCGAGCGGGGCUGCUGGGCCUGAUGCUUCAUCAGACAAUCCAGCAUGACCCGCUCACCACUGACCUGCGCUCCAGACUAGACAGCUGAGCCCUGCUCGACCGAGAUCCUGUAACCAACAUCCUGUGCAAAGGAGACAUUCAAUGAAUUCUUCACACGCUUGUUCUUAUAACACUUUGUUCUUAGGUCAUUUUAGAGUUUCUCUGUUCAUCAUUUGGUCUCCUGCCUCUUUUCACUCCUUCAUGGGAAGGUGGUCCUCAAAAUUGCCCUCUGUUUCUGUUUAUUCUUCCAACUGUCUGUCUCUUUCUUCCCUAAACCUUGGCAGGGCCCUGCCCUCAUCCCCCACCAUCCAGAGUUUUGUUAACAAACUUGGGAAGAACAAGAAAUUUUAUUUCAUUUUAAAGAUUUUAUUUAUUUAUUCAUGAGAGACAGAGAGUCAGAGACAUAGGAGAGGGAGAAGCAGGCUCCCUUUGGGGAGCCUGAUGCAGGACUCAAUCCAGGACUCUGGGAUCACAACCUGAGCCAAAGGCAGAUGCUCAACCACUGAGCCACCCAGGUGCCCCAUAAUAAGGAAUUUAAUAACCCCCAAUAGCCCCCCAAACCUGUCUUUCUGGCCACAAACUCAAUUUCAAACCUCUGAUGGUGAGUGACAGUGCAACUGUACUUAGGAGGAGGCUGCAGUGCACAUGCAGAAGUGGCCCAUGGAGUGAUGCCCACUCAGGGCUCAGUGGGCCUUCUUCUGUUAGGAGAGAUGUGACCUUACAGUGGAAGUGCCCAUGACCCUUGUUCCCUGCAGUCCCUCAUCCUAGGCCAUCAGAUACGGAGUUGGCACCUGAUUAGUGCAUAGCCAAUUCCUUAACUUCUGUGCAAUUGUUAUUAUUCCCUAGGCCAGAGGUGUUAGAAAAAUGGGAUGGGAGAUAGAUGAGUGUGGGAUAGUCCUCCCUGAUAAUUCCACUUUGGGACACUGAGGAAGAUUCAAAGUGUCAUCGCAGUCAUGCCUCUGCCCAUCUUGUUCCACCCCUUACCAUCUCAUGAAGUCCUAGCUCUUUCUGUUAGCUUUGGUCCAUGCCAGUCCAGUCCUGGUCUGUGCAUAGCUUCCCAGCACUGCCCACAACAUCCUCUGCUCCUCCCCCAAUCACACUGCUCUGGGUCUGUCCUUUCCAGCCUGCCCUGUACAUUGAAGCCCCAUGUGGUCAUGAACAUUUCACACCUAUAGGGUUGCCUGGAGAAGACUGAGACCUCUGGCAUAUCUCCCUUUGUCAGCCCCAGCCAGGCCUCCUGUGCCAGUGGAGGUGUGUCCCAUAAUGCUGCUUUGGAUACUGGUAUGUUUGAAAUGACAGACUUGAACACUAUUUUUUUCUCUACUCCCUCCCUGGUCCCUUAGGGAUUUUUUCCUUAAUUUUCAUGAUCACUUUUGUCCCAAGGACUCACACAUUUUUACCUAAAUGCUUAGAUGUGUUGCUCUAGACUUAUACCUCACAUUCCACCACGCUAACUUGAUAUUACCACCUGCUUGAUGUGAUGUCUUCUUUAUUUACUAAUAUUGUAGUUUUUUCUUUUCAAUUUGACCAGAUUUUCCCAGGGGCCAAUCCACAGAAUUGAUUAUAUGAAAGGAGUAGCUUUAUAAUUUAUUUAAAUUCUCUAAAUUCAUAUUUAUUUUAUUUAUUUAAACUUUAUCAAUUGCCACUUCUUGGUUUUUUGUUUGGUAUUUAAUUUUCAUAUAUUUACUUUAUUUUGUUGUUUUUUUCUGAUCUCCUGCAUCAAAGUCUUAACUCAGUUAUUUUUCUUUGUCCAGUCUUUUUUUAUAUAUAUAGUAAAGGAUUUGAGGCCACUUUCCUCUAAAUGUGGUUACUUUAUCUCUUAAACUCUGGUAUAAAAGUUUCAAAUUCAGAAUUGAUUUCUCACUUUGAGCCUAGCUGUAGAGGAAAGUUUCUUAGUUUCUAACUAGUUUGUCUUUUCUUUCUUUUUUUGUCAUUAUGAUCUUACUGUGAUCAGAGAAUGUAGCCUGUUGAAUCUAAACUGGCAAUCAUUACUCAAGAUUUUCUUUGUAGCUCAGAUACUCCACUGAACUGUAAAACUUUCAUGGAUAUAUCCAUUGAUGAUUAAUGUUUCGUUACUCUGAUUUUUCUGUCUACUUCAGCUGUUAUAUUAUAAAAAGAAUAAAUACAAUAAUAUUUUUA